UUUUAAAUUUUGGGUAAUGCCUUCAGUUUUGAGCAGAUUAAGAGGAAAUUUGCGUGAUGCUGCUCCGGCAUUGUUAGGUACUGGCCUUGUUUUUGCAAUAAUUCAUUUGUACAGAAGACAUUAUCAACUUGGUAGAUUCACUGCAAUCAAAAGUUUUUCCGCUAGAUCUGAUUCAAAGAGUGAACGUGCUCAUGUGGAUUUUAAUUUUAUACGUCGACUCUUUCGUAUUGUGCGUGUACUUAUACCAAGUCCUUUUUGUUUUGAGGUAUUGCUUAUGGCUUUAAUUGCGCUUUCUCUUUUAUUGCGUACAUAUGCAGAUGUUUGGAUGAUACAAACGUCUACGGGUAUUGAGGCGUCAAUUAUUGCUCGUAAGAGAGGAAAUUUUAUCAAAUCAACAAUGCAUUAUUUGAUGUGUAUGCCGUUAGUCUCUGUUUUCGCUUUGAGUGAAUUGAAGCUGAGGUUUAGAGAACGUUUAACUCACAAUUUCUACAAGCAAUAUUUGAAUGAAUUUACUUUUUAUAAAAUGGCAAAUCUGGAUAAUAGAAUUUCAAAUGCUGAUCAAUUACUUACGCAAGAUGUUGACCGUUUCUGUGGAGGUGUUGUAGAUUUAUACUCAAAUUUGUCAAAGCCAUUAGUCGAUGUUCUGCUUUACGUGUCCAGGAUUGGGGAUUCACUUGGUUGGCAAGCUCCUAUUCGUCUCUUUUUCUAUUUAAUUGCUUCUGGACUUGUAUUAACUUAUUUAAGGAGACCGAUUGGAAGAAUGACCGUCAUGGAACAACAAUUUGAGGGUGAUUAUCGUUCAAUAAAUUCUCGAUUAAUUGUUAAUAGUGAAGAAAUUGCCUUUUAUAGAGGAAAUGAAAGAGAACGUCGAUCAAUCAUGAAUUCCUUUCAAAAAAUGAUAUCACAUUUACGGUCGCUUAUUCUUUUUCGAUUCUCCAUUUCAUUUUUGGACAAUAUCGUUGCUAAAUAUGUUGCUACAGUUGUUGGUUGGUAUACAAUGUCUCGUCCAUUUUUUAAUCAGAAUAAUUCAAAUUUGAAGCAAAAGAAUAAAACUGAAUUGAUGCAGGAUUAUUACAGUUCUGGCCGUAUGAUGUUUAAAUUAGCAGAAGCUCUCGGACGCUUAGCUCUUGCUGGAAGAGAAAUGACUCGUUUAGCUGGUUUUACUUCUCGCGUUGAUAUGUUAUUAAAUGUUUUGAAUGAUUUAGAAAACGGAAAAUAUCAACGUACAAUGAUUUUGGAUAUAAACAAUACACAUCAAACUCGUCAAGAAAAUUCAGGAGAAAUUAAUGGAAAAAUUACUAAUGGAUUAUUACUUUCUGCUUCUUCCUCACUUUCUUCUCCUUCAACAGAUGAAGAUGAUCUAGUUACUUUUCAGCCAGGCGCGGGCAAAAUAGAAAUUAGAGACAACUUAAUUCGUUUUAAAAGGGUUCCAUUGGUCACUCCAAAUGGAGAUAUUUUAAUUAAAUGUCUGGAUUUUGAAGUCCCAUCAGGCACUAAUGUACUUGUUUGUGGACCAAAUGGUUGUGGAAAGUCAUCGUUAUUUCGAAUAUUAGGAGAAUUAUGGCCUCUUUGGGGAGGAAAACUAAUAAAACCUGAAAAAGGAAAACUUUUUUAUGUCCCGCAGCGCCCAUACAUGACCAUUGGAACAUUGCGUGAUCAAGUGAUUUAUCCAGAUAGGCCAGCGGAUGCUAGACGGAAAUCUUUCACUGAUAGUGAUUUAGAGGAACUGCUUGAGAAUGUUCAACUUAAAUAUAUUUUGGAACGUGAAGGUGGUUGGGAAAGUCAACAGGAUUGGAUGGAUGUAUUGAGUGGAGGCGAAAAACAAAGGAUAGCGAUGUCUCGUCUCUUUUAUCAUAGACCCCAAUUUGCUAUUUUGGAUGAAUGCACAAGUGCUGUUUCGGCUGAUGUAGAGGAUAAUAUUUAUAGACGUUGUCAUGAAUUGGGAAUUACUCUAUUUACUGUUUCUCAUAGGAAAUCGCUUUGGAAACACCAUGACUAUUCAUUACAUAUGGAUGGUAGAGGAUUUUAUGAAUUCAAAAAAAUUAAUCAUGAAGACCCCAACACGCAAUUCGGCUCUUAA